UUCUCUUAUCUAUGGUUAAACUGCAUUAAACUUUUUUGGCAAUUUUAUCGCAUGGACUAUUUGAUAACAGAAUAAUUCAAGAACGUCACCGAGCUGUAAAAUUCGUGCAGCUCUGUUUUGUGCAGUUUAAUUCAGGAACAAACGCAAUUAAGAGUAUAAUUGUGUCACAACAGUCUGUGGCUGAUGAGCAUUAAAUUGACAUCUGCCAGUUUGUAGCUGUUGCCCUUAGCAACGACAGUAUAAAUACAAUACAUUCGGCGAUUCUUUCCGUUUAAAACCACUGCAAAUGAAUUAUAAAUCUAGACGUUCAUAAAAUAAAUAAAGAAAGGCCAAUCAAUACAUCGAUUACUGAAAUUUCCAUGAGGAAGUAGUAGACGUUUCCAUUGUGUCCAAAGCAUUUGUGCUCCAUACAUUUUUUAUUUCUAUAUUGGUAAGUGUAGAAAUGACCGAAUAUAAAACCAUUGCAAAAUCAUCAUCCCAAGAUCGAGCAGACCUUGUGGCAUAUUGGAGUAUACCAUUAAUUGAUGGUAUUCAUGUGGUGGAAUUCGAGCAUGGCACAACAACUGGUAAAAGAGUAUUAAGAUUAGACGGAACAGAAGUAUUGCGCAAAGAAUGGAUGUUUAAGUUGGUUGGUGACAUAAAAUUUACCAUCGGUAAGCAAGAAGCAAAAUGUGAGCUCAGAGUUGACCCUAUACCACCAUUCGCAUUUUCUUACUCCUUAUGGGUCGAUGGUAAACCUAUCGAUAAAUUUAUGGAAAAGCAGCUGGACUCUAUUAAAUCCUGGAGCACGGUCGCAAAUGGAAAACGUUAUGCGGUGGUUUUUGAAAAACAUACACUAGAGAUAUGGGUAAACGGGCAAACUGUUGACGUCGAACGGAACUUCGUAGAAGAUGGAACAGAAAUGAACUUUCAACUAGCAAAUUCGAACGCUACUCUUCGAAGUGCACCAGCACCAGGCCCAGGCCAUAAAGAAAUUACAUAUCGUCUUUUUGUUAAUGGUAGAUUGAUAUCAGAUGAUAUCAACGAAACGCAACCUUGAAUCUUGCAUGUGUUCAAUUUACUUGUUCACGAUCGAUUUUGUUAAAGUAUUAUAUAACGAUACAAGAUUAUUAGGUUUUACUGCAGGUACACUAUAUCGAAAAAAUAAAAUACAAAGCUAGUCAUAAAUUGCAAAAAAGCAAUGACAAAAUAGUUUGUGCGUAAA